GCUUAAUAACCAUAGAGGUUUAAAGAUACUGGCCUGUGUUUCACAUGCAUCAAGGUGAACUACUAUACCAAUCUUUUAUGUGUCGAUCACCAACAUGGGCAAAAGCGAAAACAAAAACAAAAAUGAAGAAUCGAAAGGGAGGACAUUGCUCACGAGCGAACAGGAUGAUUCCUAAAAAUGAUAUCGCACAAUAAAGUGCCAUCAGUGAAGCAGUUUUGCUUUUGAGCUGUAGGAGUUUCCACUGACAAGUACCACGGGACAACGACGAGGACAAAGAAACUACGGAGCCGCUCCGAAAAUGGUGCCAAUGGAGCAGCACUUUGAGGAACGGUUCGGGACAGUUGGUGCCCUGCCCACCAUUUCUCCCCACACUAUAGGCACGGCAACAAUUUCAAUAUCGCACACUACUUACCACGACGUAGUUCUUGCGUUUUUAUUUCAAGCACAAUGUAACAAAAGUAAAUGAUCUGGGCAGGAUUGAUAUCAAAAAGCGGAAAUUAAGAUGCUUAGCUUGCUACAAGGAAGUGGCAGCAAUAGCUGCAUCAGCAACGUAGAUAGUUCUGUCAUGCAGUAAUGUCGCAAUUUGACAUGACAACUUUCCGAAAAUGAGUGCGAUACUUUUGCAUAGGAUAGAACUCGCAUAGCCGCGACGAGAUUGCGGACUUCAAUAUCAACAUGGCCAUGCGGCUACGCAUCGCAUAAAUAUCGACGUACUUAGCAGUAUGUAUGAAAAGGAAUUUUUGCAUGAGAAACCCGAUGAAAAUCUGCAAUGCAGAUUCGGAUAUAGAAAGCAGGGCUUCGGCUUUCUUCAUCUUCCCGGGGAGACUGCGAUUUGUACGAAGACGGUAUUUGUGCAUCGGAUAGCGACGAAAAUACCAGAAGGAGUCACCGUCCGCUCGCCUGCGGCAAAGUAACACACGGAAAACUUCUGCUAGUGCUGCAGGAACGAGAAGUAUUAUGGCUAGUUAUGCGUGGUUCAACAGUAUGUGAGUGUGUUGUUUCAAGCUACAACUGAGAUAUGCCUGUGGUGCGAACAUUUAUCACUGUCUUGCGCGUUCUUCUGCCGCUCUCUUAUUCAUCUCCUAAGCGCUCUUUUUAUUCCGGCGUUUUUAGCACUAGCAUUUUUCUGUUUCAUAGAAAACAUGAAGGAGCAAGAAAGGCUGAUUGCCGCGGCCGCGCUCCGGCGAGUGCGGAACGAGGGAGGGAACGAGGAAGAGAAUGGGCAAGCUCGCUAUGAGAGUGCGGAAGGACGACCUUUCGCCGUGCUUCUCCCUCAUCUGAUGGGCAUGGGCCGCAGGAGCACAACUAGCGCCACAAAUGGGACUUCUGCAUGACAAAUGCACGCACAGAAUCUAGUGCUGUUUGGAGUAUCGUGCAACUUGUCAUGCAAAAGAGUUGCCGGACAGCUAAAGCAGCAUGUAACUACGUAUGUGGAGAAAAUGGAAAUGCGCUUUGCUUUUGCAUGACAAGAAAUGAAGGGGGGCGGGGUAGGGAUCAUGGGUUCGUUGUGCACUCUCAUAGCCGCCAAGAAAAUUGUGCUACAAGGGGCGGCAUCUCUACUAGCACGAGCAGAAAAUCCAGAAAGAUAAGCGAGAAGACGUGCUUGGGCACAGCAACGGGUGAACAUCAACACGUAUCAACUGUAAAAGUGUCUGGGUCUGGAAGAAUUCAUGUUUGUCAUGCUUGUCUGGCAUGACUCUUAAAUCUGUCAUGCACGUUACCCAAGAGCUGCGCUUUUCUGUGAUGCAGAAGCGCAGUUUGUCAUGCAGAAUAGGCACCACCUAGGAGCUCAGAAACUUGUCAUGCUGGGCCAGCACUUGUAGCCUCAUCAUGAGACGCUACCCAGCAUUACAAGUUCUCAGACCCUGACAUUUUUACAUUUGAUAACACGGGUCUGAAGACAAUAAAACGCCGGCAACCUCCACCUCAAGCACGUCCAGCGGUAAAGGUCGCAAGAACUUCCGAGAAGAUGGAAGCAGCAUGAUAGUGCUACGCAUGGCGAAACCAAAUAAAGCAAAAGCAUGGCACUAGGGCAUGACAUUUUUUUGCAGAUCCCAGUAAUGAAAUUUGUAGCUGCAGAAUCAGAUAAGAAAGCAAGAUCUAUCUUGCGUCGUCAUUGGAACUUCUAGUGCGAGUGCGAUGGACAUUGUUUUGCCACAAUGCAUAGGUGCCACAUUCAGGUGACGCAGAACACGUCGAUAGCGAAGCUAGACAGCGAACAAAGGAUAGAAUUCGCGAAAAAAGCGCGAGCGAUCCCCAGGCAUCGAUGGGGUCUUCGACUGGAAUAACCGCGGACGAUGGUGAGGAAUCACGAGAUCGAGCUGUGACACAUCACCGAACAGUAUCCUCGGAGCAAAUAUUUACUUCAUUGGAUGAGUCCUCAAGGUCAUGCGCAAAAAACCUGUCUUGCUUCGCUAAGUGCAUUUGUCAUGCGGGCGUGACCACUAACAGUCCUAGAAGUGUUACGAGUGUAAUCUAUAGAUACUUCUCAUAUUAUUUCUAGGCAUCGAGAUCGACAUCGGGGCAAGAGAGAGGGACUUGCCUGAGUAAAAAUUCUUUUUGAUCCUAUACAAAGCCCCUUCUGGAGGCGCGAGUAGCGGUUCGUCACUCUACAAUCCGGCGCAGCGUGGCGCGCCGCACGAUGUUUUCGCGAGAAGGUACUUUUAUCGAAAACGGUAUUUUUGCCGGUCGUGGUGUGAAACUGAAAUUAGUACUGAAGGAAAUAGAUUUAUCUGAUGAAAUCUGUUACUGUUUGUCAUGCACUCUUCACGACGCAGCGAGGGUAAUUGUGGUCAUACACUGGUGUUUGUCAUGCACUAUGCACAAAGCGAACGGUACGCUGACGGAACUUCAACUUACCAAGGUACAGUCUCGGCUCCACCUCCGGCUCCUCAAUGGGGAGUGGUAACUACCUAUCCAUCGCAAGUAUUUCUGGAUCUGUGGAGAUGCGAAAUAUGUAUGAGACGAGCAUCAAAAACAAAAUCUGUAUUGCAUGUGCAUCAAGCAGAGCAACACAAUUUCAAAGUUGCUGCAUCUUUGCAGACCCUCCAGAAACAUUUGCUUUUGAUACUGCCGUAUUCGAGAAAAAUUGGCUGUCCUAUUCGUGUCAAUUUGUGAUGGCGACUGUGCUAGUCGCAAUUGUGGUCAUGCUGCUGCUGGACAUGUAAAUGAUCAUGGGUUAGAUUAUUUUGUUUGAUCCUUCUGGCCAACAUCAAUUUAGUGAUGGCUGGUGCUGUCAUGUUAGGUAAAAUGGUGAAAAUAUGUAAAAAUGUCGCGUCGUGCUGCUCGUCAGGAACAAAGUCAAAUAAGACUAGCUUUACACCUCCAUUGCUUUACAAACGGCGACCCACGUUACCGCCCUCGCACGAUAACGAGACCAGGACGAAGCCAAAACGAAGCCAGUCGGGCAGCUUUUACAGUGGCCCACCUCUGCCAGCGCAAAACGUCGGCAAGUUUCCCCAUAGUGAUCGGCCGAGACGUUUACAGGGCCCCCAGCCUUUGGGGCUUCUGCUGCAUGUAAGCCGGGGCGUCAUUUGUGAUGUGCGCGCUGUGGGCCCGGGCGCGUCGCGUUUCGCAUAGGGGGGAGCCUGCGACGCAGCGUGCCGCCGGGCUCAAUUUUUGAGCCGCAUGGCACUACAAAGAAACGCAAAAAGCCCUGGCCGUCGCAGGGCGUUGCGCUUCCCACAUGGAUGCCCAGGGGGCGCCGCCUUCGUCUUGCCUGUGGCUACUAUGGUGCGAAGCCCCAAUCCCCCGCGCGGUGCCUGCUAUUAUAUUCAAAUGGGUAUGGGCGCACUCUUGUCCAGUAGAUAUGUACACGCGACCACCCCUGGUCGGCAUUGCCGGAAAACCGAAGCCAAAACGAGGCCAAAACGAAGCCAAAGGGCAAAAAAACCGAGGCCAAAACGAAGCCAAAACGAGGCCAAAACGAAGCCAAAGGGCAAAAAAGCCGAGGCCGAAACGAAGCCAAAACGAGGCCAAAACGAAGCCAAAACGAGGCCAGGCAAGCGCGUUUCGCGUCUGGAAGGGGAACGCGGAAAAUUCGGCACUUUGGUCGCCGCCCGGCUCGCUUUGCCGUGCUCAACGGGAUCGGCCCCCAGUAGUCAGAAAAGCAAAAAAAUCACAAAAGCCGGAAAAUUUUCGCGCUUUUAAGUUUUCGCAGGAUUUUUGCAGUUCUUGCAGCCGCUCGCUGGUGCGUUUUCUUUUUCUGGUUGUGUGUCUUGGGUUUGUGGGUUGGGCGGGAAAAGCAGGCUUGGGCGCAAGGGAUUGGAGUGGGGCCGGCAGAGGGUGCCCAUGUUGCCGGUGUGUGCUUCGGGAUGGGAGAGGGAUGCUGGGUGGGAAAGUUUUGGGUGGGCGAGUGGCCAAUUAAUUCUGCGACAAAAAUUCGCCUUUUUUGCGACAAAAAAUCUGAAAUAAUUAAAAAAAAUCGGCUUUCGGCCGUGGUUUUUUUUUUCUUAGGGAUUUCAGGAAGAACCCGAAAAAUGUCGCACCCGUGUCGCACCGGUGUCGCACCCGUGUCGCACUCAUGUCGCAAAGAAAGCAAUUUUUUGGCGCAAAUUUAUUCGGUGUUUUUCUUUUUUUUCGGUGAAGUUGUGUUUGCCCGAACAAAAGUUGCGUGCUCGAUUUCAUGUGGCGCAGUUCUUCGAAAACCCCGGAGCCCACAGGUCCGCAGCCUGUUGACAAAGCCCCGGCGUUAUUUUAGGGCCUACAGAUUUCCUAUCGAGCGAGCCCCGGCGGAGUGGUUUGGCACAAUAGGGCGGCAGUGCAAAAAUUUUUUUUUUCGUUUUUCUUUUGGGAUUCAUGAUUUUUUUAUUUCCGGGCCCAUUGGGGCCCGAUCCCGUUGACCGUGCCCUCGUGAAAGCGACGCCAAAACGAGGCCCAAACGAGGCCAAAACGAGGCCCCGCGGUCUGAUUCUGGGCCUUUUCUUUCUGGCAAAAAGUUGAAAGGGUUGGCCGCCUUUUUUUUGGUUGGCUUUGGCUUCGUUUUGGCUUCGUUUUGGCCUCGUCCCGGCUUCGUUUUGGCCUGCGCGUUUUCUGGUCGUCCUGCCUUGUCCUCUAUCUGCAAGCAACAGAGGCACGGGGCGAAUUUGCGCCAGCAGGCGCGAGGCCCCAUUUUGGACAGAUAGCGGCGCCGCUUUGGCGGGCAUCCGGUACGUAGACGAGCUCUGGCGUGGUCAUUGACUAGGGCGGGCGUUGUCUGUCUGGUCGCAGUCCGAUGCGGCUCAAAAUUUGAGCCACGUGGCGCGCGGCCUGCGAAUCUAUAUGCCCGCGGCCCAUGCCCCAAUAGGGGGCGCGCUAGUGUUUCUGAGGCAGCUGCAGAGACCACGCGCGGCCGGCGGCAUGAAGUAGAACAAACUACACAGCUCCCGGCCGCGACGUUGUCGGCGCGCGAAUACCAAGAAGCGGUAGGCUUGGCCUCAUUUUGGCUUCGCCCGGGUCUCGUUCUCGGGUCUCGGCGGUAACGGGCGCGCCGUUUGUAAUUGCUAAUGCAGCAGUUUUUCGUUUUUUUCAGAAUACACCGUGUGGGCAAGACCGGCUACACCAGCCACGGUGCGCGGGCGAGUAACCAGGAAUUUUUGAAUAUGGUUGUGUCAGGAUUGAAAUCGACAAAGUUGAAAUAAUCAAUCUGUGAUGCAUAAAAUGCAAGGCACGCAGUGAAUGUCUUGCAGGGAUUGCAAGCGAGGCCGAUUGUAUGCCUGUUUCGUGUUUGCGAUAGAGCUGCUAAAGAAGCAUGGCAAAGGAUGCCUUCUUUCGCUAAAGAGCAUGACAAACUGGAUUUCGAUGACGUCGAAAUUUGUCAUGCGCCGCUCUAAAAUUGGUCUUCCAACUGGUAUCGGUUUUAUACAUCACAAAUUUUUAUUUUUCAACUUUGUCAAUUUCAAUCCUGACAGUUCCAUAUUGAAGCUAAGCGCGUUUCGUGUGCAACGCGGUAUCGACCGGCGGACCCCGCACUCCAUGCCAAAAGACCAGGCGAACAAGGCAAGAACGUUAUCCGAAGCGAAAACGUACCCACGUGAUGUUUUUUGAACCGCAAAUAGAAAUAUGUUAUGCCUGACCGGUCGCCUGCCAUGCUAAGCUAGAACUCGAAGCAAUCCUUGUGUUAUUUCACGGACAGUCCCUGUCCCCCGGGCAUGAGAAGCAUAAUUUUGUGAGUCUGUUGUGAUCAUGUUGCGGCUGUACAACUAGCUUAGUUCCUCCUUGUACAGUCACGAGUUCAUUGUAGAUCCAAAGUUGUCAUGCGCAAAUGCUCAUGAAAAUGGUUUGAUUUCUUGUGCAGCAAAACCAAAACUGCUAAAACCAUCCUUGUCCUGACCUUCGGGCUGCGCUGGUGGGAGGUACGUUUUAUUUCAAAAGGAUACCCACUUCUCGGCGAAGCGGAGGGCGAGCCUGGGGUACCGUUCAGUGCCCGACCGCCAGCCACCGAGUAUCUCGUGUAAAAUGUCAUGAGCCACCUUGUCGAACUAAGACAAUCCUCAAUAGUUUGAUGAUGAUGUUGUUGUCUUGUCGUGGAUCAUCAUAAGCAAAAAAGAUCAAUUUUUAUGCACUGAAAGAAGAUCUCGUUGCAAGUAUAUGCUUAUGCAUUACAAAUUCAAAUUUCGGCCGAUGAGGAUUGUCGUGGCUUCCACGAGGAUGUAGACUUUUCAAAAUUCAUACCGACGCGGAAUUCUCGAUUGGCCUGGCGCUUUAUGCUGUGUGACAACCAGAAGCACCUGAUGUAGUUCUCUCAACUUGAAGAAAGUGCGGCAACAAGAAAGUUUCCAUGUUCAUUUCUGUCGCUUCUCAGUCUCACGAGAACAAGAGACACGCAUGAAAGACGAACUGCAGCGUGAGCAUGGCCAUAAUUUUCACUGCAAGUGCAAUGUAGGACAGCUAACAAAUGAAUUCCGCUCCUCUUUGCAGCUGCAGUGUGGCUGUCUAGGUAAGAAAUGUAAAUGGAAAACAUGAAAAAUGAUCGGUGACGGUGAUGUUCUCGUGUAGAUUGACUUGAUUUGGUGGUGGAGAGCUACUUCUGGGUGGUAGUUAUUGCACUGGAUAUUUUUCGCAAAAGCGUCCGAGGAGCGAUUCGACAGGCGGCGGCCUCUAGUGGAAAUCAUGCCGCAGGAGUGGAUGACCAGCAACUGAACAGCGGGGCGCGGAACAACGCAGGUAUUUACGGGAAAUAACCGUUUUUCGUCUAGACAAAAAUAUACUUCACGGCAUGCGAACUGCAAUUAACAGUGCGCCGCAGUACGAGUACCCCCAGAUGAUGCAAUUGCUUCACCAGCAGCACCACCACAUAAUUUGCACCACAAGCGGGCGGAGCCCGAGGUGGGCCGUGACUUUUAUCAACACGACAAUCGCACGAAAAAAUUUAGGUUCCGGAAAAUGGCCGUCUAGCGGCGAGAAGGUGACUGGUAGUACAGCCACCGCUCCGGCGGUAUUUCAGCAGCCUAAUUUUCGUUCCACAGGACCAGGCGGGUCAUGUUCCUCCACUGCGAGCACAGCUAGUAACGUGGAAGGACGUCGCGCUCCAAGUCAGUUACCUAACGUGCAAGAGGAGCAUCAAGCAUCGAGCACAAGAGCAGGGGCGCAGGAGAAGAACCGACAUUUGCAAUCUUCCCCCGGUUCGUCUACUUCACCAUCGUUUUCCUCUCCAGGUCAAGGGGCACACAUUGCAGCAGCCGGUCUGCUGCCUCAACACGAUGGCAACAAGCCAUUGCAACGCAUCAACCUGGAGCGGGCCCGGCGGAUUCAGGGGACGCCGCAGAAUAUCAAAUGUAAAAAUGUCUGGGUCUGGAAGAUUUCCUGGUUCGUCAUGCAUAUUUUGCAUGACCCAUCAUGCCUGUAGUGUAUGACUUAGCAUGGCAGAUUUUUGAAAGGCUUCCUGAUGCCUCUUCCGCAUGACAAAUGGCCUCUGCACGUAGCAAAAUCUGGGCUACUCUUGCUGGUCAUGCAAUACAGAUUUCUUUAGAAUCCAAAGACAGCAUGACAAGUUUGGAGCCUUCCAGACCCAGACAUUUUUACACUUGACACAGAAAAAGCAGGGCGUCAACUCGUAUGGAGAUUUGGUCAAGCACUCGCGACUCCUCAACGCGCCCGUCAUCAUGCUGACCAACAGUUUUGUGUCGGAUACCGUGGACCGCGACGACGGGCGCACGGACAUUCUCUUAUGCAUUGCAAAUAUGUCUGGGUCUGGAAGGAUGCAACUUGUGACGCUGCGUCUGGAUUCUACAAAAAUCUGUAUUGCAUGAACAGCAAAAGAGGUCCAGUUUUUGCCACGGCGAGAGGGCGUUUCUCAUGCGGUUUAGGCAUCAGGAAGUCGAAGCCCUCACAAGAUCUGUGAUGCUAGGGCACGCAUCACAGACAUCAGCAGUCAUGCAAAAUAUGCAUGACAAACCUGGCAAUCUUCCAGACCCAGAUGACAUUUUUGCAUUUGAUAUCUCUCCCCCGCGAACUAUUCGAAGGUGAAAAACAUCGAGAGCACCGGAUCCUCCCCCUUGAAGCUACAUAACGGAGUUCUUGCAGGGGGUGGUCCUUCUUCUACUGGGACCGCGACCGCAUCUUCUGCGCCGGGCCUCUUCUCCCAUGCAGAUAGCGCCAUGGGGCGCGUGUUUUCCAAGUCCCUGCGAAGCGUCACGGAAAAUAGCUUUCUGCACCGCGCGGUCUUUUCUAGCCGCAGUGGUAGCUGUGGUGCUACCGAUCCUAGUCGCGGACAGAACGACAAGAACCAGAACAGCCUUAAAAAAAGCGAGAAAACAUCAAAUGCACCCCCAGAAGAUGGCGCUGGCGCUGAUGCAGCGGGUCAAGAACAACAUGUUGCUGAUGCAAAUGACACUAAGCAUCAAACAACUCCCGCCCCCAGCGGAAUCGCAAGAAGAGCGGCCGGAGAAGGAACUACAUUGUCAUCUGCAGGGUCUAAACAAGCCGCGACGCUUGCUCGAAUGAAUCCAGCACUAGGGCAGGUGGAAGCUGAACCUGAGAUGACCAGGCUUGCGGUGGAGAGUUCCGGCGAUGACAGAACAGGCGCAAAGAAAGUGCAUAUGGACGACGUCAUCGUGAUCGCUGGAGAGGACGUUCUUGAGCCAUUUAAUCACUUUCAUCACGCAGACCAGGAUGGUAAUGGCAUGGAGCCCAGCACCAGCCUCGUGAUUGUACCCCCGGAGCAGCAACACAUCGUCGUGUCAGUUGUUGGGUCCUCUGGUUCCCACGAAGAUGAUCAAGAUGCUGCAGCUGGUGCCGCGCAUCAAGGUGGCCCAACAAGAACAGAAGCCCGAUUUUUAGAAGUACCAUCAACAUCUGAAAAUAUGAAAGGGCCAAGUCUUACAGCUGCGGAUCAACAUUUUUCCCACGAGGAACGAAAUCAGUCCCGCGAUAGCAGCAAGACGAGCGUCCGGCCUAGCAAAACCCGGAAAACGCGGCAUAACACGCAGUGUUACGGACUGCUGUAUGCGAACGAAGAGAACCCGGACCGCGUUGUUUUCGUCGGCUGCCUGAUGUGUUUCUGCGGCUUGCCGUGCCACAGCUACGUGUGCCCGGUGCCCUGCGCCAACCUGAGUCACCGCCACGGCCGCGCUCUGUGCGCCCUCUGCACGCUCUUCGCGCCCCUGGCCUGGGUGCUCGCCGUUCUCUACAGCUGUUGCAGCGCGCACGGUGGCUGGCGGUCUUGGUGCCGGUCGGCGUGUGCAACCAGGAACCCCCCGCCGGGGAAGGAAAUGAAAACCGAGCUGGACGAGGUCGCGCGGAAGAAUAAAACCACUUCCACUACAGAUGAUGGCGGUAAAAAACGACCACUAGGCGGGGAAGUUGGGUGGAGAAAGAACUCGGGGGCCGACGGUCGCGAUGUCCUCGACGUUCAAAGUGGUAUGCACGUCGUUGGAAGCAACAGCAAGGAAAUCCCGCAAAACUCCAGGUCCAGUGCGGCGACCGCCCAUGACACAACCACCACCGCUCCGUCGGAACAGGUUAUUGAAGUAUGAAGUGACGAAAGCAACGAAAACCUCUUACGUAGUUGUUUACAAAAGUUUUUGUACUAGAAGAGCAGCGUCUAGUAGUAGGACAACUACAUGUACAUUCAUCAACAUCAUGAACAGGACAGCACAUCAGCGGCCAAUGAUGCUUUUACAUAGGUCUGCGCUGACAUUCUAGCUCGAGCUCCUAGUCUUUCGAAUCUACCGAAGAAAGGAUAUAAUGUUGGCGGCCGUCGCAGGGUCGACAUUGAUGUUGAUCCAAUGUAGAGAAAGUAGAGCUCCAGCUCCUGGUUGGCCAAUUUGAAACUCUCUUCUUAGAAUGAAUAAAACGUCUUGGCUUGAAGAGAGUGUGACAGAAGGGGUGAUACGAACGGCCUCCGCCCUGCCCCAACCUCUCGUCUUACAGUGAGGAAUGUUGCGCAGUCAUCUAUUUUUGCAUUGAAUUGAUUCUCAGACUCAGACACUGAGAUGAUUCGCAGACAAACGGAAUUUUUAUAGAUUUGCAACUACUGCAACCUCUGGAAUAAGGGACUAAAUUUGGUGGGGAAGAUUAUUUACGGCGUCGAAGCCAAUACCACUUUUUAAGGUUCAUUCUACCCGCUCGGCGCCUACGUGAUGAUGCGCAAACUUUGCAGCGCACUUUUCAUUAUUUUCAGCGAGUCAGUCAGUAACCGCAACCGCAUUCUGAUGGAGUCGUAACAGUGUGUCUGCCGCCCUAAAAACAAAAAGUUGUUGCGGAAAUUAAAUACUUUGAACGCAGCUUUGUGGUGUAAUAUGGGGGCUGUAUUAAGUUGGCUUUACAUCAAAGAGGACUACACGGAGCAUUAUCAAA